AUGGCUUACCUUAUCGCUUACUAUUACCAUAUUGCGGUUUUUGCGAUGACUGAUGCGGAGGCUGGCUGGCUCUCGGACUGCAAUGUUCCGGGGCCAUGGUGCAGCACUGCAGUAGUAAACCAGGGUUGCGCUGUCCGGUCCCCUGGAGUGGCAAUUACUUGA